UUUGAAUAACGUGGAAGCACUUGGACUGGAGCCAAUCAGCUGUCAGGAGGCUGCGAUAAAUCGCAAUGCAUUAUUGAUAAUAAUAAUCACGUUGACAUGCGCAUUUCCACUGGAGGGGGGCUAAUUUUUCCAAGGCGAGGAAUUUGUAGAAGAAGCGGAGGAAAAUCGCCUGCGACUCUUUGCUCCUGAUGGUCGCACCAUGUCGAGGCGCAAGCAAGCCAAGCCGCAGCACAUCAACUCUGACGAGCCUGGCUCCGUGGAAACGGGGAUUCCUCGGGAUGAUCAAGCGGAGGAUGCAGGCGAUGAUGUGAAGAGGUUGAGGCUGGAUGGAACCAGAGUCUGCGGCAAGUGUUGUGCCGAAUACUUUGAUGAAGCCGAGUUUCUGGAGCACGAAAAAAAUUGCCCCAAAAGUCAGCAAGUCGUCAUCAUGAAAGAGGGAGACUGCGACGAGGUGCCCGAGGGAUAUUCUCAAGGGUCUCCUGAGGACCUGAAGAGUGACCAUGAUGACGGUCAGUCCAGUAACCAUUCCAAUACAGACCAGCAGGACCGGGCGGAGGAAGAGUCCAGCAUGAACGCGGAGGACUCGGGACACCAGGAUCAAGGAGCGACGUCUUCUAGUCCUGCGAGAGCUUUCCAGCCUUCACCUAAAAUCCAAGAUUCAAACGUCACCCUUCAAACCCUGCCCGACACUAAAGUGGCUGUCUCCCAGCAUUCUUCGAAUUCGUCCCAGGCCUCGCCGCAGGACGUCCUCCAAGCUAUCCCCAUCAUCUUGGAACAGCUAGUGUGCCUUCAGCAGCAGCAGCUGCAGCAAAUCCAGCUCACAGAACAGAUUAGAAUCCAGGUCGCCAUGAUGGCCCCGCAGGGUCUGCAGCCGUCGGCCGGCACAGCGAUGGAUCCCCUCAAAGCUCUUGGUGCACACCUGUCUCAACAGCUGUCUGCGGCGGCCGCUCUGAUAGGUAAGAGGACCGGCAGCCAGAGUCUUUCCAUGGAGUCAGGAAAACAAGGUAAACUACCUCUCCCCACUGGACUUCCCAACUCUCUGGGUUCAGGACUGGGGUCGCUGGCCUCUAAAACUGACAUUUUGAAGGGUGUUCCAGAUCUGGUGAGCCGUUUACCGGCACUACUCCCCCAGUCACCGGGUGUCAUGGGUUACCCUAGCCCCUUCAAUGGCAUCCAACCGGGGAGCGACUCUUCUAAGAAGCUGAAAGCGAAGAUGCUGUCCCUGCCACCAGAGUCAAAGAACGGCGAGUCGCUGUACAAGCACAAGUGCAAAUACUGUGGAAAGACCUUUGGCAACGACAGCGCCCUCCAGAUUCACCUGCGUUCUCACACCGGAGAGAGGCCUUUCAAGUGCAACAUCUGUGGAAACCGCUUCACAACCAAAGGAAACCUCAAAGUGCAUUUCCAAAGACAUAAAGAUAAAUACCCUAACAUCAGUAUGAAUCCCCAUCCUGUACCUGAGCAUCUUGACAGUAUUCCCACCAGCAGCGGCAUUCCCUUUGGCAUGUCCGUGCCCAUCGACGAGUCGAAUUUGAUUGAAGUCAAGCCUGUCCUGAGCCACCCAGCAGCUGGCUUCCAUCCGCAGUCCAUUCCAGGAUUCAAGCCCAAGUUUGAGGGCUUCGGGAGCGACCCGUUCUCUCAGAAGCCUUCCCCGUCGACGAGUGACGGCUCCCCGUCCGUUUCCGCGGUGUUCGGACGAGACCCGGCACUGGAUCCGCAUCACAGGGAGGCUAAAGAACUGCUCGGCGCGUUCCACCACAUGAACGGCGCGGCCCUUCCGGGAGAACCGAGCUCCGGGACGGCGAAGCUUCAGCAAAUGGUGGACGGCCUGGAAAAGAGGACCAACGAUCCCAACGAGUGCGUGAUCUGCCACAGGGUGCUAAGUUGCCAGAGCUCGCUGAAAAUGCAUUACCGCACGCACACCGGCGAAAGGCCGUACAAGUGCAAGAUCUGCGGCCGUGCCUUCUCCACGAAGGGGAACCUCAAGGCUCACUACGGAGUGCACCGGGCCAACACUCCCCUCAAAAUGCAACACUCGUGUCCCAUCUGCCAGAAGAAGUUCACCAACGCCGUCGUUCUGCAGCAGCACAUCCGUAUGCACAUGGGCGGGCAGAUCCCCAACACUCCCAUGCCAGAAAGCCAGUAUGACGCAGCAGAAGCAAUGGAGCCGUCCCUCCCGGAGAAGACGAUGGAACACGGUGGCGUCGAAGGGACCGCGGAAGGUCCCGAACCAGAGCUCAACCCCCAGAAGCUGAGCGACUCCUUAAACGCUCUCCCGCCUGCCAGUGAAGAGCAGCAGCAGCAGCCUCAGACGCUCGCGGCGCCGCCACCGUUUUCCAGCCUCGACGUCCUGAAGAACCUCACCUCCGCUCUGGCCCUGAAACGACAGAGCAGCACCGCCUCAGAAGGCGACGGGAUGCCCAAAGGCUCGCCGCCAGGCCACAGGGAGCCCGAGUAUCAGAACGGCCGCAGUCCCGCCGUCUCCGACUCGGCCGCGUCGUUUCGCUCCUCCUCUCCGCUGAACAACGCGAGCAGCAAGUCGCCCGGGUCAGCGGGCGACGAAUCCGCCAACGGCCUGUCAAAGCAAGAGCCUGACGGAGCUCAGGACGCGAGCGAGUCAAGUGGAGCUCUUGACCUCACGGCUUCAAGCAGCUUCAGCAGCAAAGUUAUCAAAGAAGAACCCGGCAUCCCGUUUACAAAUGGGGACUACGCUCCCAGCAACAUACCUUUUAUGAAAAUGCCUCCGAGUUUGGGUAGCCUGGAGAUGAAGAUUCCGGCCGAGAAUCCUUUGGGCCCUCAUGGAUUGUUCAGCUCCCAAAUGCCUCAGGGAACAGCGAUACCCUCGUCUCUCUCCAGCGCACCUCGGCGGUCCACCAAGCAGCAUAUAUGUAACGCCUGUGGCAAGAACUUCUCGUCGGCCAGCGCAUUGCAGAUCCACGAGCGCACGCACACGGGGGAGAAGCCCUUCGCUUGCAACAUCUGCGGCAGGGCUUUCACCACCAAGGGAAACCUGAAGGUACACAUCGGCACCCAUAUGUGGAACAACUCUUCCCGCCGUGGCCAGCGCCUUUCCCUGGACAAUCCCAUGGCGAUCAUGGCGAUCGGCCCCGAGGCCAAGAUCCUCCCAGAAAUGAUGCAGGCGCCCAAAGAUCUGGGCGCGCCGCAGCUGAGCUUCGACCCCUCCAUCUGGAACCAGUAUUCUGCCGCCGCCUUCACCGGCGGCUUGACCAUGAAGACCAAUGAAAUUUCAGUCAUUCAGGGGGGCGGCAUCCCGCUGCCCGGGAGCCCCGGCGGGGGGCCGCUGAUCGGAUCCACCGGAGGCCUCUUGAAGAUGGAUGGAUCGCACUCCGGCUUGCCAGCCACCAUGGCUGAGAUAGAAAAGAACAGCUCAGAAGGCGUACCAAAGUCACAGUUUCCCCAUUUCAUGGAAGAGGGCAAAAUUGCUGUUAAUUAGUUGUUGUUGUUUUUUUUUUUGUAUC